ACCUCCCAUUCCCGAUCCAGCCGCCCCCCGUCGCCGAUCGCCCUGCCCCGCCGCCCGCCCGUCUCCCCCGCCCGUCGCCCCCGCCCCGUCGCGGCGUCGCGGUCUCGCGUCGUGUCGCUGCCGCAGCCCGCCGUCCCAGGUCCCCGGUCAGGCCCUCCACGCUCGCGCCGCCCCGGCUGCCGCCAGCGGCCAGCCGACCACGCCACGGCGCCAGCAGGCAGCAGCACUGCAGCAGUAGGCAGGCUACCAGGCUUCCACCGGCCACGCGCCAGCCGCCAGCAACGCCGCCCGGUCGUUCGAGUCCGACGAAGGUGGUUGGUGAAGAGGGAGGCGAGGCCGUGUGCCCCUGCCGCUCGCCGGGGAUGGAUAAGCUGGUGCAGUUCGGGAGGAAGGCGUGGUUCGUGGUGCGGGUGCUGUCCGGCUACGAGGAGAGGAGGAUCCGUGCUCACAGGCUGCAGAUGCAGCAGCAGAUCGCGAGGGCCCAAGCUAAGAAGGAAGAGCUUCGGAAGCAGCCAGAACAAAUUAUUCUAUCAGAGGUUCGUCAAAUGGUGCAGCAGAUGCAAGCCCUCAAUCAGCAGCUUGAAGAAACUGAAACCGCCAUAGAUGAGUAUUUCAAACCAAUCGAUAAGAAUGCUAAGAUCAUAACGGACAUGCAACCGGAGAAAGAAGAGAAGCAAAUAAAGGAGAUGACGAAAGUAAUGCAAGAUCAAAUAGCAAUGCAAAGAGAAAUUGCAAGUAAGAGAGCUCAGGCCACUGCCAUAGAGUCUAAAGACACCCAAACGAGUGACAAGAUUGCUGAAGGCCCUCCGAAAGAAGAAACCAUGAAAUAAGUACGGUUCAUUGUUAGUCUAUUUAUUGUAAACAAGUAUUAUGUGCAAAUGGAUUCUUUACAUAGGCUUUGGUGGGCUAGGCAAUAAGUAUGGAUGCAUGGGAGGACAGUUGCCAUUUUUUGUCACUAACAGGAGGCUAUCCUUUUCUCUGGCAGAGCUCUAACUAGUAACUAGUGUGCUUUACUAUUCAAGAUUGUGAAAUCAUGGAACAUUUGUUCAAUGUGAUUCUGCCUUUCAAAUUAAAAAAAAAUGCAGUGUGAAUAUCCAGUCUAAGGUUUGGUAGAACGUGCCAUAACAAUACUCCAGAGUUACUGUUUGUAUAUUCUUCGCGGGUGCUGUAUUAGCUUAUUUUUGGAUU